AUCCACGCUUAAGCACUUUGAAAGAAAUAAAACAAUGGUUUAUUCAAGGUGACAAACAAAAAAAAAAUCCUAGUCAUUGGUUUUCUGCCCAGUGCCAGUUUGAUUUGAUUUUAUCAAUCAACGGAUUUAUUGGAAUUGUAGAAUAUGUACUUACCAAUUGGCCGGGUGUUACAAUUCAACCAAGAAGAGUGUCACAAGAUAUGCUCGAGGGUUUAUUUGGGACAAUUAGAGAAAUGGGUGGUGAUUCUUCCACGCAAACGGUUCAAUCUUAUGGAUACACAAUUAACAAAUUAACAAUCACAAUGCAAAUGACAUCAGAAAUACGAAGCCUAAAUUAUGUGGAAAAUGCAAAUAUCAAUUGCUUGCAGCUCGAGAGAGCACAAUUGAUCGAAUGGUUGUUAUAUCAGAAUGGCGUAGAGGAUCUUCUGGUAACUUGGUCAAAAAAUAUUCGUCAAAUGGCGUUAGAUUCCAUUCCAUUAAAAAAAAUGCCCAAUGGUGGCUGGUUUAAUGACUUUCAAUUGUUGGCUCUCGAUGAUAUUAAAGUAGAG